AUGUCCAAGUACGAAGUUGUAAGCACGAAUAGAGUCGCCGGAGGUGGUACCUACCAACGCAUCAAGCAUGAGAGUACUUCUACCAAGACUCCCAUGAUUUUUGGACUCUUUCUUCCCAGCACACAUGCCACCAAGCAAGUGACGGAAACGACCCCAGCUCUUUUCUGGUUGAGUGGACUGACGUGUGAUGACACCAACUUUGCCAUGAAAGCUGGACCAGCUGCUUUUGCUGCCGCCGAAGAACAAUGUAUCGCCCUGGUUCUGCCGGAUACAUCUCCCAGAGGAGAAGGAGUUCCCAAUGAGGAUUCCUAUGAUAUGGGCAUCGGUGCUGGAUUCUAUGUGGAUGCGACCGAAGAACCCUAUGCCGCCAAUUACAAAAUGUACACUUAUGUCACGGAAGAGCUCCCCAAGUUGGUGGAAGAAAGCUUUGAAGUGGGUACUGUCAAGUCUAUCUCUGGACAUUCCAUGGGAGGACAUGGUGCCAUGACGAUUGCCUUCAAGAAUCCCACAGCUUGGGCUUCGGUCAGUGCGUUCAGUCCCAUCUGCAAUCCUACUCAAGUUCCUUGGGGAGAGAAAGCUUUCAAGGCUUACUUGGGAAGUGUGGAUGCCGGAAAGGCUCAUGAUGCUACGGAACUCUUGAAGGGAUUGCAAUCCAGCUGUUUUGACGACAUUUUGAUUGAUCAAGGAAAGGAUGACAAUUUUCUGGCCAAUCAACUAAAGCCCGAAAAUUUGACAGCUGUGGGUGGUCCUCAAAAGGUGACUGUCAACAUGAGAAGCGGAUACGAUCACUCGUACUACUUUGUCUCUGCCUACAUCAAGGACCACGUUGCCUUUCAUGGAGCACGUCUGAACAAGGCACAAGGCAAACUUCGUGCUUCCAGAAGCUCGUAUGAUUUUUCAUCAACUACCGGCAAGCCUAUCAAAUGCAAGGCCAUGGUGGCCCGGGGUCCCAAGCAACCUUUGACGGAAGAAGAAAUUACUGUGGAUGCCCCCAAGGCAGGAGAAGUUCGCGUCAAGGUCAUCGCCAACGCUCUUUGCCACACGGAUAUCUACACGUUGGAUGGAUACGAUCCAGAAGGUUUGUUCCCCUGCAUUUUGGGACACGAAGCGGGAUGCGUUGUGGAAUCGGUCGGACCUGGUGUCCUGUCGGUCCAACCAGGAGAUCACGUCAUUCCUUGCUACACUCCUCAAUGUUCCCAAACCUCUUGCAUCUUUUGCAUGAGCCCCAAAACCAACUUGUGUCCCGAAAUCCGUAGUACUCAAGGGCAAGGCGUCAUGCCCGAUGGUACCGUCCGCCUCCAUGAUAAGGACGGGAAGGAUAUUUUCCAUUUCAUGGGAUGCAGUACCAUGAGUGAAUAUACCGUCUUGGCAGAAAUCUCCUGUGCUAAGAUUUCCAAGGAAAUGGCACUGUCCAAGGCGUGUCUAUUUGGAUGCGGUGUAUCGACAGGACUCGGUGCGGUAUGGAAUACCUGUAAAGUGGAGGCAGAUUCGACUGUGGCUGUCUUUGGACUUGGUGCUGUGGGACUUGCUGUCAUCCAAGGUGCCAAAAUGGCUGGGGCCAGCAAGAUCAUUGCCGUUGACCUGAAUCCUGACAAGUUUGAAAUGGCCAAGAAGCUAGGAGCAACCGAUUGUGUGAAUUCCAGUCCAGACAAGAUUGACAAGCCGAUUCAAAAAGUCAUUGCUGGAGACAUGACACCAUGGGGUGUGGACUAUUCGUUUGAUUGUACGGGUAACGUCAAGGUUAUGCGGGCUGCAUUGGAAUGUGCUCAUCGUGGAUGGGGAGAAUCUUGUGUGAUCGGUGUUGCUGCUUCCGGUCAUGAGAUUGCCACCAGACCCUUCCAAUUGGUGACUGGUCGUGUGUGGAAGGGAACUGCCUUUGGCGGUUUCAAGAGUCGUCGUGAUGUGCCUCAACUAGUGGAACGCCAUUUGAAGGGGGAAUUGCCAAUUGAUCAUUUCAUCACCCAUUCGUUUGAGGGUGUCAACAAGACCAAUGAUGCCAUCCAUGCGUUGCACUCGGGUGACUGCCUUCGAGCUGUUGUCCGGUAUUGA